AUGUGGCUGUACCUGGCGGCCCUGCUGGUGCUAUACAUCCUGUGCCUAUGGUACCGGGAGCGGCAGGUGGUCGGGAACCUCCCGGACAAACACGUCUUCAUCACGGGCUGCGACUCCGGCUUCGGGCACCUGCUGGCCAAGCAGCUGGACGGGCGGGGGCUGCGGGGGCCAUCGGGGAGGCGGCAGACGGUGAUCCUGGAUGUCACCUGCUCCGACAGCAUUGCUGCGGCCAGUGCCUGGGUGAAGGGGCAGGUGGGGGACCGAGGGCUUUGGGGGCUGGUGAACAACGCUGGCUCCAGGACCCCAAUUAUCCCCAACGAGUGGCUGAGCAAGGCCGACUUCGUCAAGGUGCUGGACGUGUACCUGGUGGGGCUGAGCCUGCUGCCCCUGGUGCGCAGAGCCCGGGGCCGCAUCGCCAGUGUGACCAGCGCAGCGGGCCAACUCUCCAUAACUGGAGGUGGCUACUGCCCUGCCAAGUACGGCAUGGAGGCCUUCUCCGAUAGCCUGAGGCGCGAGCUUUGCAAUUUUGCGGUCAAGGUCUCCAUCAUCGAGCCGGGCGGCUUCCGCACACCCAUUUUAGAGGCCCGGUGCAUCCGGAAGAGCCUGGAGCAGGUGUGGAGCUGUGCCCUCACCGAGGUCAAGGAGGCCUACGGGCAGCAGUACUUUGACCGCUACUCUGAGACCACCAGAAAGCUCAUCCUCAUCUUACCUAGUGACAACCUCCGCCUGGUCACCGACGCCAUGGAGCACGCGCUGACGGCCCAGCACCCCCGCACCCGCUACUCCUGCGGCUGGGUUGCCAAGCUCCUCUCCCUCCCGCUCAGCUACCUGCCGACCUCGUGGGCAGGCCUCGCGCUGACCUGCUCCCAGCCCAAGCCUGCCCUGGGCAUCUAG